GCAAAGAUUUGCUUCAAUGACAGAUGACGCAUAGUAACAGAUAAAUAUUGGCAAAAAUCUGAUAUACUCGAGUAAUAUUUAUUGUUGAUUUAUUUUCAUUAUUAGAAAAAUUAAAUUAUUCUACACUUGAUGUAAUUAUUCUAUGCAUUCUAUUUAUUAAAUUAUUCUAUAUAUUUGAUUUAAUUAUAUACAGUCUGAAGAAGUUAUAUGAAAUAAAGGAAUAUUACAUUAUCGCUAUGGUGGAAGGAGCUGGAUGCGGUGAAUUACAACAACUGGUUCAAGAAGAGGAAUGUGAGGAACCACUUAGUCAUGGAGGAGAAGCUACUCCUCCAUCAACACCGGCAAGAUCUCAACGUCCAAACAAAACUGAAACACACUCUAAUGUAUCGCAACAAAUAUUAUGGGAAAAUAAUACACAAACUUCACCAAUCGUUAGUAAAGGAAGUUCCGGUCAAGGGACAAGUCAAGGUUCUAUGGUUUCUGGUCGACUUGCUAAUACUUCGAGUCACACUGGCAAUCAAUCUCGAUUAACAUAUUUUAAUGAAAAGGAGAAACAAAGGCCCGCUCGACCAGAUCCACCAAGAAUCACAAAACAGCAUAAAGCCAUGGUGCCAUGCAAACACCAUUGCUUUCUGUCAGAGGUUCCUGAUGUUCGUCAUAUGGAGCAAGCUUUGCUGCAAUUACUGGAAGACUUUCACAGUGGGAAUUUAAGAGCAUUUGGAAAAGAUUGUAGUAUGGAGCAGAUGACGGAAAUACGAGAACAGCAAGAACGUUUAGCCAGGCUACAUUUUGAGCUUGGCCAAAGACAGGAAGUGGGUGGAGAGCAAUCGGGUCUUCGUCAAUCGAGCGCGAAUAUGAGACAUUUGCUUCAUCGCCUCCAACAGUUGAGUAUCUGUAUAGAAAAAUUACACAGUAAAUAAUUAUCGUCAUAUCAUAAUAUGAUAUUGUUAUAAAUUCUUAUAUUUGAGAUAUAUAGACUUAUACUUGUUCAAAACAAUUUUUAUAAAAAGUAUAUUGUUGAAUAUAAAUACAUAUAUGUACGUAAAAUAUUUUAUAUUCUGCUAGCAUCUAAAAAUCGUAAUCUUAAGUAUGGCUGUUAUACAAAUAUAUGUAUAUUUGAAAGAGAAGGAAGAUAGUUGCAUAAUAUAAAGAAAGGAGUGUAAAUACAUAGUUUCAUAAUAUUAUCUAA